AGGCGCAGCCCGGCCAUGCAGGCGGAGCGGGGCGGCAGCCGGGCCCGCAGGGAAGGGGUCCGGCACGGCCGGCGGCGACCUAGCAGCGCGGCCGAAGCAGCAGCUGAAAGAAGCAGCGGGGACUGCCACGCUCCCGGAGGAGGCGGGGGCCGGGGAAGAGGCGGCGCUUACGGACAACGAGGAGGCGGGGGCCGGGGCAGGCGAGAGCCUCGAGGUCGAGGGGCAGCGCCGCCGCCCAGCGCUCCCCAGCACCAGCGGGUAGCGGAGGACGAUGAUACCGAAUCACGACAGGAAGAAGAGAAGGAAGAAUUGAAAUGCUAUUCAAGAAGAAAGUUAUUUUCCAACUGGAACCGCUAUGAAGAUACAGAAAAAGAGGAACAGAAUGAACAUGGGGAGUCACAGAGAGGAACGGACUUCAGUGUUUUGCUUAGCUCAGCAGGAGAUUCCUUUACACAGUUUCGAUUUGCUGACGAGAAAGAAUGGGAUAAAGAAAGCAUAUGCCAUAAGCAGUUCUCUGCACUUUCUAUUGACUGCCAGUCUUUGGUCCAGGCCCUUCAGGAAUUGCCUCUACAUCUGAAAUUGAAUGUAACUGCUGACCUUGUACAGGCAUCAACACCUGUAGAGCUCCCACAGAUGAAAUCUAAAAUUUUUGAAGAUGUCAAGAGAAGAGAUCAGCUGUUCCGACAGUUUCCAGCUCAAAGUGACACCGUAUUGGUCUCCCCUCCUGUUGGUAAUUCUGUUGCUACAUCAGAGCCUGGAAGUAAAAACAGCUCUAAGGCAAAUGCAAGAGAACCAUUUCAAAGAAUCCACCCACUAUCAAAGCAAGAGACUGACCAUUUGGAUGAAGAACUGGAUCUUCUCCUGAAUCUAGAGGCUCCCAUGAGUACAGGAAACAGACCUGUGUCAGGCACAUUAUCCUACAACAUAUCAACUGAGAAAGAUUUGAAAAUGGAUUGUAAGGAAAGUGACCCUUUGAAAGUAGAUAUGCCUGAAGAGAAGAGUACAUCAUCACAGCAACAGCAAAGUACAUCUAAAGAUGUUACUGAGGAAGAGCUUGAAGAUUGGCUGGACAGCAUGAUCUCCUGAAGCUCAAAUUUCCUCAUGUGAAUAAUUGAAUAUAGCAAACAUUACAUAAAAAGUUGAACUUUUCUUUAUUUUUUUAUUUCCUUUCUCUGUUUCACUUUGUUCAGUGUACCAGUAUGCUGGCUUCUAAAAUUUUGUGCAACCAAAAUUAAUUUAGGUGGGAUUGAAAAUUGUCAAAGACUAAUAACAUUAUUAGAAAGGUCUAAAAUUUGUGAUGAAAUUGGAAUUUUCUUUGCUAAAGAAGCAGGCUAAGAGAACAGUUAUUGCAGCUUGUACUUGCUCUAUGUAGUCCUUAAAAUAAAGCCAUGACUGAACAGUGAA